AUCUUCACUUGUUUAUGUGCAAUAACAACAAAAGCAAAUGUAGAAGAUGCUAAGCUUUACAUCGUCUAUUUGGGACACAAGCCCCACGAUAAUCAUGAACUUAUCACAGAUUCACAUCAUGAUAUUUUAGGUCAAAUUAUUGGAAGUAAGAAAGAAGCCAAAAAACAAAUGGUGUAUAGCUAUAGACAUGGCUUUUCUGGAUUUGCUGCUAAGCUCACUGAUCAUCAAGCCAAACAAAUAGGAGAAUUAUCUGAUGUGGUUCGAGUUAUACAAAAUCCUGUUUAUAAAACACGUACAUCAAGGAGUUGGGAUUUUUUAGGUCUUUCUAAAAAUGAUCCCAAUAAUCUUCUCAACAAAACAAAUCAGGGUGAUGGAUCAAUCAUUGGCAUUUUGGAUUCAGGUAUAUGGGGAGACUCGGAAGCGUUUAACGAUAAAGGACUAGGUCCAAUUCCAAGUCGAUGGAAAGGUAGUUGCAAAUCUGAAGGAAAUUUCAAUGCCACAAAACAUUGUAAUAGAAAAAUCAUUGGUGCUCGUUGGUACAUAAAAGGAUUGAUGGAAGAAAAAGGACUAAAUCAAACAAUGGUCGAAAAAAUAUAUAAUUUAUCACCAUUAGAUGAUAUUGGACAUGGUACACAUGUUGCUUAUACAGCUGCUGGUUCUUAUGUUAAUAAUUUGGAAUAUUAUGGUCUUAAUAUGGGGACAGUACGAGGAGGAGCACCAAAUGCACGUAUAGCUAUGUAUAAGAUAGGUUGGGUGGAUGAUAAAGGUGAUUCAUAUUGUGGUGGUGUUGAUAUUCUAGCUGGUAUUGAUGAUGCAAUAAAAGAUGGUGUUGAUGUAUUAUCAGCAUCUUUUGGUGGUGAUCUAAUUAAUUUUGCUGAAGUUGAUACUAGUGGAAGUUAUAGUGUUAUGGGGAUAGGAUCUUUUCAUGCAGCAUCUCUUGGUAUACCUUUUGUUGUUGCUGGAGGAAAUGCUGGACCUGACUCUUAUACAGUCACUCCUACUUCUCCAUGGAUCAUACUUGUUGCUGCUAGUAAUGAAGAUAGAGAAAUUGUUACUCCAUUAACACUUGCCAACAACAACACAAUACUAGGUAAGGGGAUUUUUCAAGGGAAGGAGCAAGCCUUUGCUUCUUUGGUCACUUUUAAAAAUAUAACAAGUCCUGAAGAUAUUAAAACUAUUAAUGUUGAAGAAGUGAAAGGAAAAGUUUUAAUGCUUUUCCUUCAAACGGAAGAUGAUAUAUACACAUCUUUGACGACUUUAAAUACUAGUGGGGUAUUGGCUUUUAUUGUUGCUACUCACCCUCUUAUUGGAAUCAAUGACUACAAUCAAAUUAUUGGUGUCCCUAUACCAUUUGUUUAUGUUGAUUUGGAGCAAGGAAAUCAAAUAUUUGAUUAUUUUCAACAAUGUAAAUCGAGUAAUUUAGAUCCUAAGAUUAAAAUCAGUCGAUCUGAAGUUCUUGAGGGCCAGAAAGUAUAUUUAAAGGUGCCUAAGUUCUCAUCAAGAGGUCCAAGCUCACUUACCCCAGAUAUUUUGAAGCCCGAUAUUGCAGCUCCUGGUGUAAAUAUACUUGCAGCAAUUCCUCCUAAUAAAGGUGGUGAUAAUGGAUUUCAGCUGAUGUCUGGAACAUCAAUGGCAGCUCCUCAUAUUUCAGGAAUUAUUGGACUCCAUAAAGUUGCACAUCCUAAUUGGUCUCCUGCCGCUAUUAAAUCCGCACUUGUAACUACAGCAUGGAAUGAAGAUACAUAUGGAUCUGAAAUAUUUUCAGAAGGAGCAGGGGAUAAAAUUGCUGAUCCAUUUGAUUUUGGAGGUGGCAUUUGUAAUCCAAAUGGUGCUAUGGAUCCUGGACUAAUCUAUGAUAUGGAUAACAAUGAUUAUUUGAAUUAUCUUUGCAGUUUGGGUUAUAGUAAUGAAAAGGUUCGCAAUGCGACUACAUAUUUUUUCGAUACGAAAAAUUCUACAACUAAAAGAGGAAUUAUAUGUCCAAGUAAAGUACCUUCUAGGUUGGAUUUAAAUCUCCCUUCAAUAUCGAUUUCAAAUCUUGAGAAUUCAGUUACUAUUCGGAGAACUGUUACUAAUGUUGGAAAUGUCAACUCGAUAUACAAAUUAGUGGUUAAACCUCCAAGAAAUAGUGCAAUUAAAGUGAGUCCACAUGUAUUGAAGUUUAAUUCCAAGACAAAGAAGAUAUCAUUUGAGGUCAAAAUCAUAUCUACUCAUCAAAGAAAGAGUAAAUUUAACUUUGGAAGUUUGGCAUGGAGUGAUGGCAAACAUUAUGUUAGAAUUCCUAUUGCUGUAAGAAAAUAAGUA